GUGCCGAUGCAAUUUAGGCGAGGGACCGAGAGUCAAGGGGCGAACUGGGGAACAGGCUCGGCAGUGGGCUUCUAAGCGGGUGUCUUGUAAAGACAUCGCCGAUAGGGCGGGGGACGGGAGUGACGCCUUUUUCGACUUUCUAGACUUUGCUAAACCGGUAUAUAGCCACCCUACACAGUGUAUGUGCAGUUUGUGUAUGCAGAGGGGAAAUGAAACUAAUAUAACACAACAUUUGGAAACCGUGAACCUUGGCGAUGAGAAGAAAUUGAAUUUCCAUUGGUCUCCGUGCGUCGCGCAGUCGGAUUCUGGUGAUGCCUGUGGUGUGGGGAUCGCCGUGCAUCUCAGGAAAACAGGGCGUCGGAGGAUGAUGGUAAUCAAAAGAUCAUCAUGGCAAACGGAACCGGCACUAUUAUGUUGAAAUGCGUUGUGGUUGGCGACGGUGCUGUGGGCAAAACGUGUCUGUUGAUGAGCUAUGCCAACGACGCCUUUCCAGAGGAGUACGUACCCACUGUGUUUGACCAUUAUGCAGUGAGUGUCAACGUUGGCGGGAAGCAGUACUUAUUGGGAUUGUACGACACAGCUGGUCAGGAGGACUAUGACCGCUUGAGGCCUUUGUCGUACCCCAUGACCGACGUCUUCCUGAUCUGCUACUCCGUAGUCAACCCGGCCAGUUUCCAGAAUGUGAGGGAAGAGUGGGUCACCGAGCUGCAGGAGUAUGCCCCCAGUGUCCCAUACCUCCUCAUAGGCACUCAGAUUGACCUUCGUGACGACCCCAAGACCAUUGCCAAACUGAAUGACAUGAAGGAGAAGCCCAUCACCACAGAGCAGGGCCAGAAGCUAGCCAAGGAGAUUGGCGCGUGUGUCUACGUGGAAUGCUCGGCUCUCACCCAGAAAGGACUGAAAACUGUGUUUGAUGAGGCCAUCAUCGCUAUCCUGACCCCCAAAAGGAAGAAGGGCGUCCUGAAGAGAAGACUGGGGCCGCGCUGUAUCAACUGCUGCCUCAUCACGUGAGAGACAUGGGAACGUCCAACAACACCUGGGUCAUUUUCAUUAGGGCAUGCAACAGAAAAUGUUUUUUUUGAUCACCCUGUUUCAGACUGUUUUUCUUCCGUUUGGUGUCUAAUGAAUACACUCCUGAAUACAAACCAGAACGAAUGACAGAGACAGAGGUCAUAAGGGGAAAACGACUGAAGGACCGAAAUGGACAAAUGAGGACCCUAUUUUUAGUUCAGGGCUCUUGAGCGGUUUUCUCUCUCCUGCUGUCGACCAAUGGAGUUGGGGGGGGGGGGGCAGCUUUACUACCAAAGGAGCACAAUACCCAGGUCAACAACGCCCUUCAGUAAGAAUUUAUUUGCCUUCAAAAGUAUGUCCUUUUUUAAAGUUUUUUUUAAAAUGAUUUUCCUGUACAAAAAUAUGUAUCAAGCUGUCAGAAAACACAGAGGUAUCAUUGUGUGCAUUUAACUCCUGAUAUGUGUAUUUUUUUUUUACUGUCUGCUGUAGAAAUGAAUGAAUGGGUGCAUUGCAUUUAUUUAAAGUGCUUUCCAUCUGGCCUCCAAGUGCUUUACAUUAUGUUUUGGGUAACUCACCUUAGCCACCACCAAUGAAAUGCAUAUUGUUUAAAAAAAUAAUAAUAAUACUUUGAUCCCAUCUAGUAUGGGGAGUUUUUUUUAUGAUCUCAUAUUUUAGGACGCGAUCUGCUUCUCUUGCUCAGCUUGCAGUGCUAAUAUUAAAAAUGUUGGAUUUA